AUGGCAAAGGGUGAUGGAAGUGCAAUGGAUGUCAGUGGGCUUGCAGGUGACUGGGAGGCAAAUGCUUCGGUGCGCCAGUCUGCUCGUGACACUGGGCUCUUGAUGCGGGUGCCUAACGGUGCUGCACUGUGUGAGCCCAGCCGGCCGAAUGCUGUUGCGAAUGCGGAUGUUCUAAUUCCUUGCUUGGAGCGCAUGGCUUCGACCGGCUUGAAGCUUCCUUACAUGACUCCACUGCAAGAUGAGGUAGAGAUCUUCUUUCGACAAGUGCAUGUCAAGGUUUCGGAGAAGAUUGCAUACAGAACAGCUGGUGAAUUGAAGAGGAUGUUGUCUUUCAUCAAGAGAAAGGCAAACAAGAAGGAGGAGCACAUCGACUUGUACAUGGCUGGAUCGCUGAGGCCCAGCAACCUUGCAACUGCUGCACGGGAAGCUGGACUGCGAUCGCGCAGCAGUGGCAGCUUAGAGGGUUCGACUGGGGAUGAGAAUGACGGCGAGGACGAUGAGCCAGUCGAUAGGGAGACUGACUUGGAGGAGUUUCGUCGUUGGCUCGACGGGCAACCCCGAGGUGCUGCGGAGCCUGCCCCGUGCGCAGCUGUGCCGUCCCCAUGUGAAGCUGUAGCUACUGCGCCAUCCCACCUGGAAACCGUAGCUGCUGUUCCAUCCCGACCAGAAGCCGUGGCUGUUGCUCCAUCCCAACCAGAAGCCAUAGCUGCCCUGCCAUCCCAACCAGAAGCCCUAGUUUCUGCGCCAUCCCAACCAGAAGCCAUAGCUGCUGUGCCAUCCCCACCAGAUGAAGCCCUAGUUGCUGCGCCAUCCCAACCAGAAGCCGCCCGAGAGCCAUCCCCAGAAGUUUCCACUGGAUCCAAGGCCCCAUCCAACACAAAGCAGACCGCUGAAGCAGAGCUCCCAUCCUCCUCAGCAAAGGCCACACAGCCCAUGCUGAACCGGUCAAGGUUGAUGGCCACUGCUGGAAGCGAUACAGGGGCAGCGUCUGCUACGAGGGUGCAUGAGUCGACUUGGCACACUCCCGGCAACUGUGACAAGUGUUUGAAGGAGCCUGGUCAGUGUAACUCGAUGGCAUGUAUAUAUAUAUAUAUAUGUAUAUAG